UAGAGAAUUAUUGCCGUGACGAAUUGGUAGCUACCGAUGAAAGCAGUGAUAGCGAUGAAAAUGAAGACACUGUUAAUAAUCCGAAAAACGUCAAGAGUGGGAGAAAGACAUCUACAUCGCGACACAUUAACAAAGCAGAAAUAAUAAAAUUGAAGAGAUUUAAAGGGCUCAAACGUGAUAGAUUGUCAUCUUCAAGUUCUAACGAUUCAUAUGUUUCACAUCCUACAGAUACCGAUGAAGAAACUUUCAUGUUAACAAAUCUUGACUCAGAAGAGGAAAAAUUAAAUCAACCACACCGUAGUUAUGCCGUUUAUAAAGAUAAUACUGCAGUAUUUAUUGAAAGAGGCGAAAUACGCACGGGUGUUUUACAUAGAAAAUGGAAAAGUAUAACAGACAGUAGAUCACGUUUACAAAAAAACGAAGCACUUAAAUUAUUACACACAACAGGUAUCCAAAUACCUCGCCAAGGUAGUGGUAUCACCGAAAUAUUAGCUUUUCAACGAUAUUUUGAACAGAAGGGUAUAGCGUUGGUAGUGUAUGAAUUUUUAACAUUCGGGAAAGGAGGGCUGCCUAUUUUUGACGGGCGCGUGACAGUCCAGGAAGCAUUUGGAGAAAUCUUACAUUCAAUAUAUCUAUUAUAUUAUCCUGACAGUAAGCAUUACCAACCUAUAACAAAUUUAGCAGGGGCUUUAGGCAGCCGUUCUUUUUGCGAAUUAUGCAAUAAGGGUUAUGAAUCGAAUCGUGAUCAUAGAUGUUCGAAAAAAUGCCCUAGAUGUAACACUGCACCGGUGUGUGAAUAUUUGAAUAAAAUCAACUGCGCUUUAUGUAAUAGGUGGUUUUCAAGCGACCGUUGCUAUACAAAUCAUUUGAAAUUAGGUUCAGGUAAUUUACGCGGUAAGAAUAAAAAUAUGAGUGUAUGUAAUGUGUUGAAAUUAUGCUCUGUAUGUUGCCGUUAUAAACAUUAUGAUCUACCACAUAAUUGCGAUUUAAGUUAUUGCCAGAUAUGUUGCUGUGAAAGAGCGAUUAAUCAUUAUUGUUAUAUGGCGCCUCUUAAACGAAAAGACUUGCCGAAAGUUUUAUUUUUGUUCUAUGACUUUGAAACACAACAAAACGAACGCGUUAAAGGGUCACCUUCUACAAAAAUACAUGUACCUAAUUUGUGUGUGGUUCAAAAAACCUGUGAGGAAUGUGGUGAAAGGGAGUUUAUUUUUUAUGAUAAUCCCGUAGAAAACUUAAUCGAUUUGGCCUUACAAAAUUAUCCAAAAUUUUCAAAAAUAAUUUGUAUUGCGCAUAACGCUAGCAGUUUUGAUGCCCAAUUUGUUUUGAAAUGUAUGAUUGAGAAAAAAAAAAUGCGUUUACCAGAUUUAAUUUUAAACGGGACAAAAAUAAUCGUAAUGAGGGUAGCCAAAACCGUUUUUUUAGACAGUCUCAAUUACCUACAUAUGCCUUUACGUGAAUUACCGAAAGCUUUUGGUUUUGAAGACGAAGCCUCAAAAGGAUACUUUCCUUAUUUAUUUAACACGCCUAAGAAUAAAAAUUAUGUUGGUCGCAUGCCCCCUGCAAAAUAUUUUUCGCCCGAAACUAUGUUUUCAAAAACUUACGAAAAAUUUACAUUAUGGUAUAAUGCAAAAGUUUGUGAAAAAUAUGUUUUUAAUCUUAAAAAUGAAAUGGAACAUUAUUGUAAGAGCGAUGUCACUAUUCUUAGAAGAGCUUGUAUGUUAUUUCGAGAAAUGUUUAUACAAUGCGGAAAUGUUUGUCCCUUUUCUAAAUGCACCACAAUAGCUGCUGCGUGUUCAAAAAUUUCUCGACGUAAGUUUUUGAAACCUACCACAAUAGGUAUUUUACCAAUCAACGGAACCUACAGGUGGUCUGCUAACCAGUCACAUAAAGCAAUUAAAUGGUUAAUUUUAAAAGAGCGCGAAUACGGGUGGAAAAUUAUACACGCAGGAUAUGGUAAAGAAUUCCGUUUACCAUCAGGUAUACCUGUUGACGGUUACUUUAAAAAUCUUAGAACGGGUCAAGAAAACGUGUUACAAUUCCAUGGUUGUUAUUGGCAUGGGUGUCCAAAAUGUUACAGAAUAAAUCGUGAUAAAAAACUUAAUGCCAGCGAUAACUUUGAGAGUAUGGAUACGAGGUACGAUAGUACAAUAGCAACAUCAGAAAAAAUCCGAGGCUUAGGUUAUAAUUUGAUAGAAGAAUGGGAGUGUGACUUUGACGUUUUUUUAGCGAGUGUACCUGAGACUGCUAUGGAACUGAGAGAGCAUCCACUUCUUAGUAUAGAGCCUUUGAAACCACGCGAUGCUUUUUUUGGUGGCCGUACAGAAAGUUUUGUGAAUUUGUACGACGUUAAAGAUAAUGAAAAAAUUAAAUAUGUCGACGUUUCCUCGCUCUACCCAUAUAUUUGCAAAACAGGCAAGUUUCCGGUUGGCCAUCCCGAAAUUUAUAUUGGUGAAGACUGUUAUAAAAUAGUAGGUGAACAUAAUAAUUUGGCUGGUAUAGAGGGGCUUAUAAAAUGUACCGUUUUACCACCGCGAAAACUUUAUCACCCCGUACUGCCUUGCAAAAUCCAUAAUAGGCUUCUUUUUGCGCUGUGUCGAACUUGCGCUCAAGAAUUGAGACAAACCGGUUGUAAUCAUAAAACGAAGGAUAGAAAAUUUACAGGUACGUGGGUUGUAGACGAGGUCAAAAAAGCUGUUUCAAAAGGUUAUAUUGUUCUUAAGAUUUAUGAAAUAUGGCAGUAUGAUAUAAUGCAGUAUAAUAAAGACAAAGAGUGUGAUGGGUUAUUUACAGAAGAUAUCAAUACUUUUUUAAAAAUUAAAACAGAGGCUAGCGGUUUUCCGAAAGAUUGUGUAACUGAGGAGGAUAAAAAUAAAUAUAUUGAAGAUUACGAGCGCGCUGAAGGAAUAUGUUUAGAUAAAGAUAAAAUUAAAUGUAAUUCGGGACUACGUUCUGUAGCGAAGCUCAGUUUAAACUCUUUAUGGGGAAAAUUCGGGCAGCGUGAAAAUUUAAUGCAAACUGAAAUUGUUACAACUAGAAACCGCUUAAUGGAGUUAUUAACAGAUACUCAGAUAUAA